AUGGCCGAACGCAUUUUGAUGAACGAAUACAAAUCCCUGGCGCAGGAAGAAUGGGUCAACAUUGAGCUCAAAGACGACGACAUCUUUAGCUGGAACGUAGGACUGAUCGUCGUCAACCCCGAGUCUCUAUACUAUGGUGGUUAUUUCAGGGCCUCCAUGAACUUUCCUAAAAACUACCCUUACUCCCCUCCUGAGUUCCGUUUCCUACGCCCCCUUUACCACCCCAAUAUAUACAAGGAUGGCAAACUCUGCAUAUCCAUCCUGCAUGCGCCCGGAGAGGACGAGAUGUCGGGUGAGCUGGCUUCGGAGAGAUGGUCCCCAGCUCAACGUGUCGAGUCAGUCCUCAUCUCCAUCCUAUCCCUCCUGGACGAUGCAGAGGUGUCAUCGCCUGCCAACGUGGACGCCAGUGUAAUGUUGCGGAAAGAGCCCGAUGAAUACAAGGCGAUUGUCAAGGGAAACGUGGAGGAAUCGAAGAAGGAUAUCCCUGACGGCUUUGUCAUGCCCACCCACGAGUCAACCAUGAACAAGCCUGCCGAAAAGGUUGAUGAUGAAGAUUUCUGGGCCGACAGUGAUGUUGACGACGACGUUUUUGGUGGAAGUGACUCAGACGAGGACCUAGACAUGGACGACCAGGACACCGGCAGUGAGGAUGACGAAGACGAAGACGAAAACAACGAGGACAGCGAAGAGGACAAGGAGGAUGAAGAAGAGAUGAAAGAUGAAGAAGAAGACAAGAAGGUGGAGCAGAAGGUGGGGAAGAUGGAGGGGGCUCAAGAAGUGAAGAAGACUGAGCAGAAGGAGAAGGAGAAGUUGGAGAUGGAGGAAGACCGGCCAUGA